CGCGCCGCACCGCACCGUUACCGCCACAACACAGCUGACCGUGCGCGCCAGCUGGUAAAGUGAGGUUAGGUUAGCAAGUUCGAGAGGUUAGUUAGGACGCUAUGGUGACUAUAGUGCCUCAAAUGUGGAUUGUGAUGCCAGUUCAGUGUUGUGUGUUUCCGUCGUUCUGGAAUUAGCAACAAUUGUCUACUUCCGACAAACAGCAUUCCUUUUGCGAAACUCGUAUUUUAUAACAUUCUGCAUAAGUUUUUAUUUAUUUAUUCACCUAUUCAUUUGGUUGUUGUCUUUAGUUUGUAAUAAUUGCUCUUAUUUAUUGCUUAUGUAUACUUUUAAGGAGUAGGCCUAAUUGCAUCUGUAUUAAAGUUUUGUUUUACAUAAAGAUAGGAUAUUUGCUUUUUAUAAAUAUUUAAGAAUGAAAUAAUUUCCUUUACAACUGUACUGACAUCUUUUCAGCUAAACUUUCAAUUAUUGCACGUUCUUUCCGUUUUAAAUCAAUCCUCUACACAACCUACACAUGUGCGAAGGUUACCACGGGAAGAAAGAGUACAUUUAGCACCAGAUAACCUUGAAACUUACGCGCCAAUAAAAUAUUUUAUCGCGUCUAUAAAACCAGCAGGUUUCCUAAAUCAUUGAAGGCGGUUUACCUAAGCGGUAAUCUGGGGUAACGUGUCUGUGUGUGGACAGUGCAAGAGAGAGUGAAGUGAUUUCAUUGGUCCACACGGAAGAGUUUAAAGGACGCCUGCCGAUGGGAUAUCGCCUUGGACCUGUCUAAGGCGGAGGCAGGCCAUCAAGAGUAGCGUGUAUCUCCCGACUCCCUGGACAUACUAUUGUCUCCAGAGAACCAUAGUUCUCACCGAUCUAUGGCGUACGACCCCUACGGUACUCUACAUCCAUCGAUACACCCACGAACCCGACCCCAGCCGCCGCUAGUGAUAGUCGAGUGAUAGUGAGAGUGAUCGUGACAGUGCUGCGAUGUUGAACUGUACCGACCUCGAGUGCAUCCUACAUCACCACCACUACUAUCACCACGGCGGACAGUUCCACCACUAUCUACAAGACGACCGUGCUCACCAUGAGCAUCAACCGCAUCAAUCAGUGAUGUCCGGCGAUUAUCCGAGCUCCGACAUCAUACCAGGCACCAAUGGCACCGAUAACCCAGACCCGGAGCCCGCUCUCAGCAACCAUAUCGAUGACCCUAACGGCAGUUUGUACAUGCUGUGCGGAGUUCUCAUCGCCAUGUUGCUGGUCGGCCUCAUCAUUGUCCUUCUCGCCGUCACUAUCAGCAAGCUGAGGAAGAGGGAGGACAACCUGCACACGACGACCACGGCGCCGGUCACCAACCACAACAACAACGUGAUCCAGCAGCCCGCGGCCCAACAACAGCAGCAGACCACCGUGCAACAGCAGCAGCUGCCCACGGAAGUCGUCGUCAGCUGUCCCAGGGACCAGAGCACCGAGAGUCUGCCACCGCCUUUCCUCUGGACCGUCAGCCACAGCGUCACCAACACCACGGCCUCCUCGCAGUAUACGUUGUACAAUAAUGAUGAGGAGAAUCUGGUACACAACCUGGCGUGCGAGGAGCCGCGUGAGUGCAAGGGCUUCCGCAAGAAUCUCAGCGGCAAGUGGCGACGACUGGUCAAGAAGAAGCAGCAGCAGGAGGUCUACACGAUACCUGCCGAGCUGAGAGAACAGCUCAAGACCAUCUACGUCUAUUAAACCUACUCCACUGUAGAUUAAUUUACUCAAAGUAUUCCAAGGCACAAGGAGGGUCAGGUGGAGAGUGUCUGAGAGAAUGUAAAGUAAAGUCACUCUAAAAUAUAUUUAUUCGGAAUUGUAUUUUAAUUUCAUUUUUGUACUUUUAAUCUUUUUUAUAUAAUUUAUUGAUUUUUCCGACACUGAUUCAGUAUUAGAGAAUUGUUCAGUUGUUGAGGUUUAAGGAACGUAGGUGCGGUGGGUCGGGGUGGGAGUAAAGCCAUGAGGUGCCAUGAAAGGCGGGAUUCACCGUGAUAUUCCACUAGCCUAGGUGUAAAUACAUGUAGUGUUAUGUAUAUAGUCCUUCCAUGUAACGUAUUCCAGACACGUCCGUUACACCCGGAUUUGUUAACGGAGGCCUUAGCAGUAUUUUCCAGCAAAAUGCCUGCUCUAGGAAGUUUAUUCUAUUCUCUGGCUCAUAUUGAGUCCGUAGUUAAGUGAUUUUUUAGCUUCUUUUAGUGAAAUAAUUUUAUUGCUUGAUAUAAAUGAUGAAUUUAAAAUGAAAAUUGAACAGUUCUUGAAAAAAGAGCACCCAUUAACUUGCUUGAAACAGUGAGUUUUGAAAUGUGAGUGUAAUGAUUUUUGUAUUUUUACAUUGUUGUUGUUGUAUUUGAUGUUUUUUGAAUUUGUGAUCAUUUUGGUUUUAACACUUUAAUGUAAUUAUGAAAUUCAGAUAAAUUAAUGCAAAUUUUUUAACUGUAAAACUUUUGGUAUGUUUCAAAUAUUGUCAAAUAAAAUUAACUUUUGAUGUUUUAAAAUAAAUUAUGUUAACGAUUAUAUUUUGUAAAUAAGUUUUAUAUCAAACAAAACAAUCACCUUAGUGCAGUAGCAGAUAAAAAUGAAUAAUUGUUAUUUUGAUCAACUACCCAGAAACACUAGGCAGCAGUCAGUGCAACUUAAGUUGACUAGUCAUCUAACUUUGGUUUUGGAUUUUUUUUAAUGGACAAGGACUGCAUCAGUAUUUUAUUUGUACUUUGUUUAUCUAUUUCAGAAACGAAAGAAACUACUUUGUUAAUAUAAGAUUUAGAGUCCUAGAAUGCCAUGCAAUAGUUGUAAAUGUAAAUUAUACAAAGAAGUGCAAAAAAUAAACUCAACUUUUAACUUA